AAGAAUGUUGUACAAUACUCAUGUGGCGUAAACUUUGAUAGUGAAUACAACCGCCGAGGGAGCGACUAUAAGUUCCCACAUGGCGAUUAUAACAAUGAAUAUAAAUCUUCAAGUGACGAAUAUAAAUCCUCAUAUGGUGAAUAUGACAACGAAUAUAAAUCCCAUCGUGGUGGAUAUGGUCUUCCAAAUGACGGAUAUAAAUCUCUUGGUGAUGGAUACAAAUCUCCAUAUGAUGAAUACAAGAACGGAUAUAAAUCUUCCGCUGGCGAAUAUAAACCCUCGCAUGGCGAAUAUAACGACGGACAUAAAUCUCUUGAUGAUGGAUACAAAUCCCCACAGGACGAAUAUAAGGAUAGAUAUAAAUCUUCCGACGACGAAUAUAAACAAGUAGGUGGAGGCCAUGAUUGACUAGCCAAUCCUCACAACAAAGCAUCACCUGCUAUUAUAAAUACUUCUAUAAUGGCAAGAUUAAUACUAGUAAUUGUCUUGCUACUUUAAACCUCGUUGUAACAAGUAUGAAUAAAACACCAUUCAAUUCAUAUGGAUGGUUGGUCAUGUAAUAUCUUGUUGUACAAUAUAUUGUGAUACAAGUAAUAUAUUUUGAUAUUUAACGUGUGAA